GACUGCAGGGUGGGUUGGCGGAGAGCAGUGACGUGCGCCUGACCGCCCUCGCCAAGCCGCAGGUUCAAAGAGAAGACGGCGUCUGGCUGCACCAAGCGCUGAGUUUCUCACCCCAUUGAGCUCAGAAAGUUCAAGAAAGAAGCCUGGGAUUCAUGGGGAGAUCAGGACAGAAGACUUUCCCAUUCUAUCACAACUGAGGCGGUAGAGUCAGCUGUUUGGGAAGUCUGCUUUCAGAAAGAUUUAAGAAUCCAUUUCCACAUACGGCCAUCUGGUUCUUUGAAGCAGUGCCCCAUCAUGUGCCAUGCUGGUGUUGUCACAGGACGCAGAGAAGUCAAUGUUAGCAUAUAGCCAGCCCACAGGAAGUCAUGAAGUAUUCUGGAUGGAUGGCUGCUGGAAACCCAUUGCCAUAGCCAGCUCUUCUUCAAUAUUUAAGGCUUUAUCUGGGCACUGAGUAAUGAGAAUUUUGAGACCAUAUUUGAGGAGUACGUCCAUCCAGUGCUAUUUGUGUUUACUUCUGAACAGUCAUUUCUUAACUGAGGCUGGCAUUCAUGUCUUCAUUUGGAGCUGCAUCAGUGCAAGCGUUCCAAAAACAGAGGCAAACUGGCAGGAUGUAAUAAGUGAUUUGAAAAAAUUUGAAAAUCUUAUUCAAUCUAUACAUAUUGAUGCCACUUUAUAUACUGAAAGUGAUGCUCAUCCCAAUUGCAAAGUCACAGCGAUGAAGUGCUUUCUCCUGGAGUUACACGUUAUUUGGCAGGAGUCGAAUAAUAUGGACAUUAGAGAGGUGAUAGAAAACCUUAUCAUCCUAACAAACUCCAGUUUAUCAUCUAAUGGGAAUAUAACUGAAUCUGGAUGCAAAGAAUGUGAGGAAUUGGAGGAAAAAAAUGUUAAAGAAUUUUUGCGAAGUUUUGUAAAUAUUGUACAAAUGUUCAUCGGCACUUCCUGAUUGCAGUGAUCCUCUUCAGCAUUUCUGUUAUUUACAAACACUUUCCCGUUGCUCAAAGGCACCGAAACACUUUGCAUUUCCAGUGUGCUGCCAAAGCAAGUUUUUCUAGCAAGAAGAGGAUCAGGAUCUUUCAUCGGAUGAACUCUUAGAAAUGAAGGCAGAAAAAUGGCAUUGAGUAACAUGAUGUAUAUGGACAUUUAUUUUUAAUUUAUUAUUGAAAUUGUACAUAUUUGUAACAUAAUAUAAAUUUUUGAAUAAAAUUAUGUACAUAUUUUAUCCUUUGAAACUGCACUGAUGUUUUACUUCUUAUAAGAAAAUAAGGGACAUUUGUUAAGGUUGAUAGUCAAAUUAUUUAACAACUGCUGGGUCUGGGACCACUGACUACCUGCCUUCAUUUACUUCUCAGCUAGGUGUUGCACCCAGAGGGAGAACUGACUGACUGUCAACAAGA